AUAAGAGAAGCACAAACAGUUUGUGCAAUAUUUCAAGAUAACUCGAAAUUAUGCAAUGAAGAGAAUGAGAAAGUGAUUCAGCAUUUUGUGCACUGCAUUGCGACACAUGGCAGGCUUGUACAAUAUUUGCGAUUUUUACAAACCAUAGUGAAAGCUGAAAACAAGUUUAUCCGAAAAUGUCAAGACAUGGUUAUGCAAGCAUUGAUCAAUGCUGGAGAAGACGUUUUGGUAUUUUACAAUGACAAAGCUUCUUUUAACCACUUCAUAGAAAUGAUGAAAUCUGAACGACAUUGCAUGGAUGAAGGAAGCCCACUGAAAUACCAUAUAGAGUUAGUUAAACUCCUCACUUGUUGUACAAUGGGUAAAAAUGUAUAUACUGAAAUAAAAUGCCACAGUUUGUUGCCUUUAGAUGAUAUUGUCACAAUGGUAAUUCAUCCUUAUUGCAUUCCGGAAGUCAAAGAAGCUUAUGUUGGAUUUUUGAAUCAUUGUUAUAUUGAUACUGAAGUGGAGAUGAAAGAAAUAUAUAACUCUAGUCACAUGUGGACACUUUUUGAAAAAUCUUUUCUGGUGGACAUGGCAGACAUAGCAACAUCACCUGCUGACAGAAAACAUUCAGAUAAAUCAUUGGAAAAUUAUGUCACCAAUUGUGUAAUGAACAUCAUUACCACAUUUUUCAGUAGUCCGUUUUCAGACCAGAGUACAACUGUUCAGAAACAUCUGCAUGAAGCCAGGGUAUAUUGGAGCGACUCUACAGUGGAUGAUUAUGAUCCUUUCUUGGCUAAUGCCCAACUCAAACAAUCACCAUUUUAUACUAAUGUAAGUAGUUUUUUAGUCCAUUGCUGAACUUUCAUAUCACCUAACCUUUCCAGCCCUUGCUGAAAUAUAAAAUUCAAAUACAAAUCCAUGCAAUAAACAAAAAAAAAUGAUUA